UAGUGCUCGGCGGCUCGGAUCCCGUUGGCCCGGUCCGGCCCGCACGGCGCUGGGCGCGGAGAACGGCCAUGCAGCCGCGGCGCAGCAUCGUGGAGGUGAAGGUGCUGGACGUGCAGAAGCGGCGCGUGCCCAACAAGCAUUAUGUCUACAUCAUCCGAGUCACGUGGUCCAGUGGCACCACAGAGGCCAUCUACCGACGCUACAGCAAGUUCUUUGACCUCCAGAUGCAGAUGCUGGACAAGUUCCCCAUGGAAGGAGGACAGAAGGAUCCCAAGCAGAGGAUCAUUCCAUUUCUGCCAGGCAAAAUCCUCUUCCGCCGCAGCCACAUCCGGGACGUGGCUGUCAAACGCCUGAUACCGAUUGACGAGUACUGCAAGGCCCUGAUCCAGCUGCCCCCCUACAUCUCUCAGUGUGAUGAGGUACUGCAGUUUUUUGAGACAAGACCUGAGGACCUGAAUCCUCCCAAAGAGGAGCAUAUUGGGAAGAAGAAAUCAGGGAGUGACCUGACCUCAGUGGACCCCAUGGUCCUGGAGCAGUAUGUGGUGGUGGCAGAUUAUCAGAAGCAGGAGAGCUCAGAGAUCAGCCUCAGCGUGGGCCAGGUAGUGGACAUCAUUGAGAAGAACGAGUCAGGUUGGUGGUUCGUCAGCACCGCUGAGGAGCAAGGCUGGGUCCCUGCCACCUGCCUCGAGGGCCAGGACGGUGUGCAAGAUGAGUUUUCCCUCCAGCCUGAAGAAGUCUCCUGGAGGUACUGCUCUCUGCCCCGGUCUGUGGGUCGCCGCCGGACUCUGGGGGACUUGUAUGCCAUCAGCUGGCGUCAAGAGGAGAAGUAUACGGUCAUCUACCCGUACACAGCUCGUGACCAGGACGAAAUGAACCUAGAACGAGGAGCUGUGGUGGAGGUCACCCAGAAGAACCUGGAAGGCUGGUGGAAGAUCAGGUUCCAGGGCAAAGAGGGCUGGGCCCCUGCUUCCUACCUAAAGAAGAGCAGUGGGGAGCCCUUGCCCCCAAAGCUGGGCCCCAGCUCAUCAGCCCACUCGGGGUCCCUUGACCUGGAUGGUGUUUCUCGGCAGCAGAAUGCUCUGGGCAGGGAGAAGGAGCUACUCAACAACCAGAGGGAUGGCCGGUUUGAAGGUCGCCUGGUGCCAGAUGGUGACGUUAAACAGAGAUCACCAAAGAUGAGGCAAAGACCCCCUCCUCGCCGGGACAUGACUAUUCCUCGAGGCCUCAACCUGCCGAAGCCUCCCAUCCCACCUCAGGUGGAAGAAGAGUUUUACACCAUUGCAGAGUUCCAGACCACCAUCCCAGACGGCAUCAGCUUCCAGGCCGGCCUGAAGGUCGAGGUGAUUGAGAAGAGUUUAAGUGGUUGGUGGUACAUUCAGAUGGACGAUAAGGAGGGAUGGGCUCCAGCAACCUUCAUUGACAAGUACAAGAAGACCAGCAGUGCCUCAAGGCCCAACUUCCUGGCCCCCCUCCCUCAUGAGAUGACUCAGCUCCGGCUUGGGGAUGCAGCUGCAAUGGAGAACAGUCUGGGUCCAGAAGCAGUGGGGCCCUCCAGGCCCCUGCCUGAGGCACCACAUGGUGCUAUGGACUCUGGGAUGCUGUGGUCCAAAGACUGGAAAGGGGGAAAAGAGACCCCAAGAAAGGCAUCUUCAGACCUGUCUGCAUCAGCAGGCUAUGAGGAGAUCUCAGACCCCACACAGGAGGAGAAGCCCACCCUCCCUCCACGCAAAGAGUCCAUCAUCAAGUCUGAGGAGGAGCUGCUGGAGAGGGAGAGACAGAAGAUGGAGCCACUCCGGGGCUCCUCCCCCAAGCCACCUGGCAUGAUUUUGCCAAUGGUUCCAGCCAAGCAUGCCUCACCAGCCCGGGACAGCAGGAAGCCAGAGCCCAAACCUGACAAAAGCAAGUUGUUCCCACUGAAAAACGACAUGGGACUGGAGUGCGGCCACAAGGUGCUGGCCAAGGAAGUAAAGAAGCCCAACCUCCGUCCCAUCCCCAGGUCCAAAGCCGAGCUGCCUGAGGAGAAGGUGGAAGCCACUCCCCAAAAUCUGUUCUUGAAGUCCAGACCUCAGGUUAGGCCCAAACCAACUCCUUCCCCUAAGACAGAGCCAGCUCAGAGUGAAGAUCAAGUGGACGUCUGCAACCUCAGGAGCAAGCUCAAACCUGCCAAGUCCCAGGAAAGAGCCUUAUUGGAUGGGGAGAGCCACCAUGCUGCUGGGGGCCAUGACACAGCUCUCAGCCGAAGCUUCCUUCCAGCCGAUGGUCCUGGCCGUGGUCAGGACAGGUCUGGCAGACAGGAUGGGCUGAGUCCAAAGGAGACACCCUGCAGAGCCCCUCCCAGGCCAGCCAAGACCACAGACCCUGCACCCAAAAAUUUGCCUAUGCCUGUCCAAGAAGCCACCCAGCAAAGACCGGUGGUCCCACCUCGGAGACCCCCACCCCCCAAGAAAACCUCCUCAUCACCAUUGUCCUGCAGGCCCCUCCCAGAGGUCAGAGGACCACAGCGUGAAGCGAACGAAAGCAGGGCCGUUCCUGCCCCAGGCCGUGCCCUCCUUGUCCCUCCAAAAGCCAAACCCUUCCUAACCAACUCCUCCAUAGGCCAGGAUGACAUGCGAAGCAAAGGUGGGCUGGGACCACGCCUGGCUGGCAAGGGGGGAGAAAACAGAGAGAAAGCAGCCUCCUUCCUCAAUGCUGAUGGCCCAAAGGACUCACUGUAUGUGGCUGUGGCCAACUUUGAAGGAGAUGAAGACACCAGCAGCUUCCAAGAAGGGACAGUGUUUGAAGUUCGGGAGAAGAACAGCAGUGGCUGGUGGUUCUGCCAGGUCCUCAGUGGGGCUCCUUCCUGGGAAGGCUGGAUUCCUUCCAACUACCUCCGGAAGAAACCUUAGCUUCCCCACCCUGCCCAGAGACCCCACAGUUCCUGCCAGCCUAUUCCACGUAUUUAAUAUGCAUCUUAAUUUAUCUGUCUCCACACAGUUUCAAGGAAGGAGGUCAUUGGGGUGCUGUGCCUUCUUCCCUCCCCGAGUGGAGAAUGCUUGGUGCAGAGAUAUCCUGUCACCUGGGGUCUGAUUCUCCUGUUGUGGCACCCCCAAAAGGCUCGAAAGCCACGGCCUUUGCUAGGUAGAAAUCACAUCAACAUCUUUCUCUAUAGUAGCACCCAUCCUCCUAGUCAAUAGUAUUGUCACCUAGGAGCAGGACAGUGACACUCUCGGAUCUCCAGGACUGAGACCUGUCACCUGGAGAGCUUCCAGACUGCACCUCAGUGCUCAGAUGUGGCAUAGUGGGACAGCCCACACAGCCUGUGACAACUCGCUCUGACAUCGCCAAUGUUUCCGGAAGCCCGGUAGUGGCUUUGUUCAGUGUCCCCAGAAUGCCUGGUAGCCAGAAGAACCGUGCCCUGAUGGAAUCAGCUUCCAGGCUUUCCGUUUGUAAGUCCUGACCAGAUGCAGCUUCCAUGAGGUGAUCCUGAAGAUUCACUCACUCAUCCUGCCUCCCAUCUGCCUCAGAUAGUGAUCAGUCCUAAAGGAGUAUGCAUCACUUCACAGCUGCAGCCUCUGGUCCAUUCAGGACUUUUAAAUGACAAAAGCCUCCCAGUCCCACCGACCCCAGUCCCUAAAACAAGAGUCUCCAAGUUUGUUUAAAUAAGGGGCCCUUCACAAGGCAUACAGCCUGUGAGAGCUUUUUUGCCCAGUAGGUGCCAAACUGCCCUUGGCCUUUUGCCUUCAUAUCCAAACCUUCAACCAGCCCCCACUAUUCUGUCACACCCCAGGACGUACCAGCUAGGAAGAGGAGGGAAGAGGUUGGAGUCCAGGCCUGCCUGAUUCCAACACCCAUGUUCUUCUCCUGGGGAGAACAAGCCAGUGAGGGAGGAGAUGCGGGUUGACUGGGAAUCAGGGCAGAUGGUCUGGGGCUUCCUUGUGGUAUGAGCAAGGGGACAGUAGUGACUGCCCUAGACUUGUGGCUGCUUCUCUGGGGCAGGGUAUGCUUGGUAGCUGGCACAGAGCUUGUAGGCUGGUACCCCGUGAGGGGAAGGGGAAUACAGAGAGCUGAGGCAGUAUCUCUUGGUGGUUUAAAGAGGGCUCUGGUGGCCAAGAACCAGCAGCUGGGUCUGUGGUAAACUAAGCAGAGCAGUAGUAGCCCAGACCCUGCAGUAGCCAAGACUCUGCCCCAGCAGGUGUGGCUUCCUGGAUAACUGCUUUUUAGUGUGGGCACACUCUCUCUGGGAGGAGCCCAGGGCAGCCCUUCCCUAUUUUGACUAGACUUGACUGGGACCUCAAAAGGUCUGCUUAGCUAUUGCAGGGCUAAAAUCAGGACUCAGAUUUCUAGCCCCCAGCCCACAGCAAUUUGUACCUAUGAAGAGGCUUCCUGUAAACGAGGGGUGGAGUUGAGAGAACAGAACUCCAUCUCAUCCCAAAGACCCUGCAGAAGAGACCGCCCAUCCUGCCCUACACCGACCCCAGAAAUCUCUCACUCACACCACACCCUUUUUUUUUAACCUGUGCUUUGGGAACCGCAAAGCCCCCUUCCUCAAGAUGUUUGCAUCUUACCUGCAGUGCCAAAGAUUGUGUGCAAGCAGAUCUCUUCUGCGCCCCCACCCCUUCCCAGCCCAGUCUCUGUGCCCACUGCCUCUGAUUGCUUUCCUCUGACCCAUGGUGGCACCAUGGCUCUCUUCCUCUGCUCAGCCCCACUGCCCCCUGCCCCCCACCCCAGAGUACUGGGCCAGGGUAUGAUGCCCCUCCUGAAGGACAUUCCUGCUUAGUCUAUGCCCAGGGCCUCAGGAGAAAGAGGCGGUUAGGGAGAGGGGAGGCUCAGAGUCUUAGCACUCCCUCAAGGCUACAUACACCCCACUGUGCAGGAAGCCUGGUAGCUUUUGUUUUUUGAGUUUCAACACCUUCCUUUGGAUAGCUUUCAUGAAGCUGUUUUAUAGGUCUCUGAAGAGGCAAAGAUUUUUGUUUGUUUGGUUGGUCUUUUGAGGGGGUUGGU